UCCGCAAAAAACUACCCAACUCAACAAAUCCCUCCCUUUCUCUCUCUCUCUCUCUCUCUCCCCCAUGGCCCUUUCCCCCUCUCCCAUUCCUGCUUCAUCAAUCUCCAUUAAUGGGAGAGCCAAGACCUCGAAUCAGCGCCGCCUCUACGGACGAUUCGUUUUCCACUCAAACCUCUUCCACUCCUCCUCUUGCCCAACCUCCGCCUCGCCACCCCGUCUCCCUUGUCCAGCCUUCCCAGAAGAAGAAGACCAAAGUUAAGGUCUUCCGUGUCUUCCGCUCCGUCUUCCGCUCCUUCCCCAUUAUCACACCCGUAUGCAAGAUCCCCGUCCUCCCCACCGGCUUGCCUGACGGCCAUCGCGGCUCAAGCGGCUCCAAGGUUACGGGAACGCUCUUCGGCUACCGAAAAGGCAGGGUUAGCUUUUCCAUGCAAGAGAAUCCAAGGUGCCUGCCAUCGCUGGUCGUGGAGUUGGCCAUGCAAACCAACGUGCUACAAAAGGAACUCAGCGCGGGGAUGGUGAGGAUCGCGCUCGAGUGCGAGAAGAAAGCCGACAAGGCCGAGAGGGUGAGGUUGGUGGAGGAGCCCGUAUGGACCAUGUAUUGUAACGGUAAGAAAAACGGUUACGCCGUCAAGAGGGAGGCGACGGAGGAGGACUUGAAUGUUAUGGAGGUGUUGAAGGCGGUAUCUAUGGGCGCCGGCGUUCUUCCUGGCAACUCAGACGCCGAUGGCCCGGAUGCAGAGAUUGCUUACAUGAGGGCUCACUUCGACCGCGUGGUUGGGUCGAGAGACUCGGAGACUCUCUACAUGUUGAGCCCGGAGGGAAAUAACGGGCCUGAACUCAGCAUCUUCCUCGUGCGGAUCUGAUGGUUGUUAAGCCUAUCAAGAUCAAUCGUAGAUGUAUAAUAGGUGAUAUGAGAGCCAAGAGAGGGAAACGUAUGGAAUGUAUAAUUCAGUAAUGUUGUUAAUUAUUAAUGUAAAAGCAAACAAGGUUCUAAUUC